GCUGGAGCCUGCAGCACAAACUCUUCCCGAAAUCCAACCCACCACACAGACUUUGCCCCUGCUGAAGGUCGGGCUGGGCGCGUGGGGAAGCCGCCCCAUGGCCCAGCCAGCCAGAGGGAGGCUCUCACAGGGCCAGCAGACAGCCAGAGCCAUGCGCUGCUCCACUCUCACCCUCCUCUUCCUCCUCACGCAGGACUUCUGCCCCUGCCUUCAGGCAGCUGGGCUAACAGUCCCAAAGGCCAGCCCUGGCAAGAAGAGGCAGAAGAGAGACUGGGUCGUCCCUCCAAUCAACUGCCCUGAGAAUGAGAGGGGGCCCUUCCCCAAGCCGCUGGUUCAGAUCAAAUCCAACAAGAACAAAGAGACCAUGGUUUUCUACAGCAUCACGGGGCAGGGCGCAGACACCCCCCCUGUGGGCGUCUUCAUCAUCGAAAGGGAGACGGGGUGGCUGCAGGUGACGAAGCCGCUGGACAGAGAGGACAUCAGCCACUACACGAUUGUUUCCCACGCUGUGUCUGCGAAUGGGCAGCCCGUGGAGGACCCCAUGGAGAUCAUCAUCACCGUGAGGGACCAGAACGACAACAAACCCCAGUUCACCCAGAGCAUCUUCACAGGCUCCAUAGAAGAAGGAGCCAAGCCAGGUACCUCUGUGAUGCAAGUGACAGCCACAGAUGCAGACGACAGUGUAAACACCUACAAUGGGGUCAUUACUUACUCCAUCCUGCAGCAGAUACCUGAACAACCCCACCGCGGGAUGUUCGCCAUCAACUCAGAGACUGGCGUCAUCAGUGUGCUUGGAACUGGGCUGGACAGAGAGACUGCCCCUCAGUACAGGCUGACAGUGCAGGCUGCAGAUCUGCAGGGAGAGGGGUUGACAGCCUCCGCCACUGCUGUCAUUGAGGUGCAGCUCUACCAACGUGGAUGGGCACUGCCCGCUCUUCCUGGCUCCUGGGCAGGUGAAGGCUGGCACGUACAAGCUGCACUUCGACACUGGGGCUUAUUGGCAGCAGCGGGGCUACACUAGCUUCUACCCCUAUGUGGAGGUUGUCUUCACGGUCACAGAGCAAACCCGGAAGCUGCACAUCCCUCUGCUGAUCAGCCCCUUCUCCUAUACCACCUACAAGGGGCACUA